GACGUCACAGUAUUGUAUAUAGACAGCUGCGCGGGAGUUUCGUAAAUAGUCGACUUCAAGACUCGAACGGCAUCCCUUGGGGAUCACACGACAUAUAGACAUACCCUGUGUUAUACGUGUUGUACCCAGAAUAGGAGUUCCGACCAAUAUAAGGUACCGAAAAAACUCAAGAUGAGUUAUACAGCGGCCGAGUCUGUUGCCGCGAGCAGCACGUGGGCUGCCACCAGCCUGUUCUACAUGCUGCUGGUGCCCGCCACGAUCCUGUGGUACGCGUACUGGCGCAUGUCCCGCCGCCACAUGUACGAGCUGGCGGAGAAGCUCAGCGGCCCCCCCGGCUGGCCACUCAUUGGAAACGCACUCGAGUUCACCGGUGGCUCUCACGAUAUCUUCCAAAACGUGGUCGCCAAGUCGAACCCCUACGACAAGGAGUCAGUGGUGAAGCUAUGGAUCGGACCCCGCCUGCUGGUGUUCCUGUACGACCCUCGCGAUGUGGAGCUGAUUCUCAGCAGCCACGUCCACAUCGACAAGGCCGAAGACUACAGGUUCUUCAAGCCCUGGCUAGGAAACGGUCUCCUCAUCAGCACUGGUCAGAAAUGGCGUUCCCACCGCAAGCUGAUCGCGCCCACUUUCCACUUGAACGUGCUGAAGAGCUUCAUCGACCUGUUCAACGCCAACUCCCGCGCCGUCGUCGACAAGCUGAAGAAGGAGACCGCCGACUUCGACUGCCACGACUACAUGAGCGAGUGCACCGUCGAGAUCUUGCUGGAAACCGCCAUGGGAGUGAGCAAGAGCACACAAGGACAGAGCGGUUUCGACUACGCUAUGGCCGUCAUGAAGAUGUGUGACAUCCUCCACUUGAGGCAGACCAAGAUCUGGCUGCGACCUGAACUCAUCUUCAACUUCACCAAGUACGCCCAGAACCAGACCAAGCUGCUCGACACCAUCCACUCCCUGACCAAGAGGGUUAUCAAGAAGAAGAAGGAGGAGUUCAAAUCAGGCAAGAAGACCCCGAUCCUGCCCGAGCACGAUGUGUCCACCUCUGAGGAAACUUACACUAAGACCACCACCUCCGUCGAGGGUCUGUCUUUCGGUCAGUCCGCCGGUCUCAAGGACGACUUGGACGUUGACGACAACGACGUUGGCCAGAAGAAGCGUCUCGCCUUCUUGGACCUGCUCCUCGAGAGCUCCCAGAGCGGCGUCGUCAUCUCCGAUGAAGAGAUCAAGGAACAAGUCGACACCAUCAUGUUCGAGGGUCACGACACCACCGCCGCCGGCAGCAGUUUCUUCCUCUCCAUGAUGGGCGUCCACCAGGACAUCCAAGACAAGGUUAUCGAGGAGUUGGACCAGAUCUUCGGAGACUCAGACCGCCCCGCCACCUUCCAGGACACCCUUGAGAUGAAAUACUUGGAGCGUUGCCUCAUGGAGACCCUCAGGAUGUACCCGCCAGUGCCCAUCAUUGCCCGUCACAUCAAGAAUGACAUUACUCUGCCAUCGAACGGCAAGAAGGUGCCAGCGGGAGCCACGGUGGUGAUCGCGACGUACAAGCUGCACCGGCGCGAGGACGUGUACCCCAACGCCAACAAGUUCGACCCCGACAACUUCCUGCCCGAGCGCUCCGCCAACCGCCACUACUACGCCUUCGUGCCCUUCUCCGCCGGACCCAGGAGCUGUGUUGGUCGCAAAUACGCCAUGCUGAAGCUGAAGAUCAUCCUGUCCACCAUCCUGAGGAACUUCCGAGUGCAGUCAGACCUGAAGGAGUCCGACUUCAAACUGCAGGCCGACAUCAUUCUCAAGCGCGCAGAAGGCUUCAAGGUCAAACUGCAACCCCGCAAGCGAACAGCCAAAGCAUGCUAACAACACAAUACAUUUAAGUUAACUUUCAACCUUUAACUGUAACAAUUGUGCACAUUCUUACAGAUCUUCUAGUUAAUAGUUGAUAACAUUUCUUGUGAUACCAGUUUGUACUGACUAAAUUAUUGUUACAUACUUGUUUUAUUCGUAAGGAGGAUGUUUUUAAUAGUUGGUGGUAGAGUUUCCAUGACCGCUCGGAGUGAGGCGCUGGGCUAAGCUAGCUUAGAUCAACGCAAAUGUAGGUACUUUAUGUAAAUAGUUCUCUUAAAACCUAAAUUAAUAUCAUUAAUGACCUAAUAAAGAUUGGCAAAUUAAA